AUGCAGUCACAAAGGAGAUGCACCUGGGGCCUACUUAGCCUACUCAGCCUGCUGCAGCUUAGUCUGGCCCUAAGAGUUGAGCCAGCGCCCAGCAAUGCCACCUCCAUGCCCGUAUAUCGCGUGUCUCGCCCGCAGUCCAAGCAGCCUGCGCAGCGCGUACCUCCACAUCUGCAGGACAUACGGCCCGGCUAUGUGGACGAGGAUGCGGGCGAUGUGAUACGCAUUAUCGAGCCGCCGCCGCACUUCCAACAGCUCAAGCGCUUGCAGCAAAGACAGCCGCAGCCGCAGCCACAGCCACAGCCAGUGGGAAAAAGGCCACAGGCCGUCGUCUGGGAGCAGCCGCGCAAGGUGAGCACAAAUCGUGCCAGCGGAGAUCUGCUGACGCAGGAGACGCAGCUGGCGGCUCAGUUCGCCAACAAUAAUCAGCUGCAGCUGCCAAUGGAAAUACUCGCCUCGGUGCGCAAAACGGAGCGUCUGCUGCAGCGUCAGCGCCAGCCGCAGCUACCGGCGCUGCGCCAGCGGCACAUCCAGCGCCAGACGCAUACGCUCAUCGCCCAGAAGUACCUGGAGCAGCAGCUCCAGCAGCGCGGCCAGCAGCAGCGCCUGCGCGCCGCUCUGCGGCCGGGGCACAAGCGCAGCAAGCGGGUGAGGCGGCAAGCGGAGAGCGACGACGAAGGGGGCAGCUACGAUGUGGCGCACGGCCUGCAGCUGGUGGCGCACAUUGGGGAGCUGCUCAAGAAUGCCACGCGCUAUGUGCCCGACGAGGAGCCCGAGAAAACGACGACAAAUGCAACCAACUGCGACAAUCGACGGCGACGCCAGCGUCUGUUCAGGCUGGGCGCAAAAAAGACGCCCGCAAGGGUGCGCAACUUCCGGCAUGAGGCAACCACAACAACAACAACAAAAGCAACAACAACAGCCACUCCGGAGACGACUUCCAGCUUGACAACUUCCGCAACUCCAUUGGCCAGCCGCUUGGUCAACUCACGCAAAUCACAAAAUAACCGCAAUCAGCCGCAGCCGCAGCAGCUGCUCGCCUCGCCCUCUUCCGUGCUCUAUGCGGAUGUCAUGUCAACCAUACGCAAUUUGUGGCAGGAGCACGAUCUGACCGCUGGCCCACAAUUUGUCGCGGAGCAGCAGGUGCGCAACAACAGCGACUAUCGCGCCUUGGAUGUCUAUUUGAAGGAGCUCGACGAUAUCGCCCGAAGGCUGCCCCCGGUGGCGCCAAUUACGGCGCUCAAUCGGGAGGAAUUCGCGCUGGCCACGCCCAAGCCCAGCUGGUAUCUGAUCAACAAGGAGGGCAUGAUCUAUGAGACGCGACUGACAAGCGACACGAAGCCAAGCUCCACGCUCUUCCAUCUGUUUCCAGAUAUGCCCAAGGCAAAGGAUCCCAUCACGACGCUGGACCUGGAAUAG